GAAAAUUUUACUUUCAUUUUGUAUUUGUUUGCAUUUUGUUUUUCGUGAAAAUGCAGAAAAUAUGCUGAGAAAGAAUUAAAAAAUAUGCCAUAAGUUAAUGUGGAAUGAUUGGAAUGGCUCGAAGAAAAAGACGUGAACAGCUGAUCAUCAGUGGGUUGCUGAUUUUCUGCAUCGCUCAAACGUUUGACACAAAGUGGAAUAUCCUCAAUGUCAGGCACUACUUUUCACAGAGGUCUCCUAUACCAUUCACACAGAAAUUAACACAAGAUAGCCAAUCCUCCUUAAAGAAAAGCACAGGGGCUAUCACAAAUCGAUACCAUGGGGAACCUCUAGCUGAAAAGAGUUCUGAUCACCCAGACUUUCGGAUCAUAGUUGUAGUUUUCAAUCGACCCCAUUCCUUGGAGCGUCUUCUUAAUUCUCUGAAUGAGGCAGAAUAUUUUGAAGACAAGGUCAUUCUGGAAGUGUGGAUUGAUAGAUCUAAAAAGGAUGGAACUGUACUUGAUGGGACGUUUGCCAUGGCCAGCAGAUUUACAUUUAAACAUGGAGAGUACAGGGUACACAACCACACAAAGCAUGUCGGUAUAUACGGUCAAUGGAUCGGAACCUGGAACCCCGCCCCUGAUUCCGAGGAAAUUGCCGUCAUUCUGGAAGACGACCUUACAGUGUCCAAACAUUUCUACCGCUGGCUCAAAAAUGUCCAUAAGAAGUAUGACAGCAUGGACAGCUUGGCUGGUUAUGCUUUACAAGGCCGCAGCAUGAAGCAUGGAGGAGCAGCAGGGAAUCUCAGGGGACCAGAUAAAGAUGUCUGCUUUCUGUACCCAAUUUUAGGAACCUGGGGUUACUCCCCUCACCGUAAGAACUGGUUUAACUUUGUGGAGUGGUACAGGAAAAAGUCCACGGACCCCUCAUUCCAACCCUUAGUCCCAGGGAUUCUACCCACCCAGUGGUGGAAGGUGUUCCAACAGAGAGGUAAAACAGAUGGAAUGUGGAGCAUGUGGCAUAUAUACCAUGCCUGGAACAACAAGUUAUGGACAUUGUACCCAAAUCUGAGAAAUUCUCAGGGCCUCACUAUUAACUGGAAGGAAGCCGGACUACACUACAAUCAAAAACAGACAGCAGAUGACAAAACAACUGAUCCUAUUCUACAGGACUGGAUUAAAGAAUAUGAUUUUCUACCAGGAGCACCAGCUAAACUGGAUGUUAAUGGCAAAAUAUUACAUUUCAAAGUUCAGUAGAAUUCUUUAAGAAAAUGAAGAAAAUAUAACUCAAAAGAAGAUAAGAAAGAUAUUUGUUAUCUUCAGUGCAUUUAAA